ACCUCUAGAAAGCUGACGGGUCGCCUCAUGAUGGCUGUGGGAGGAGCUGUGCUUGGCUCCCUACAGUUUGGUUACAACACGGGCGUCAUCAAUGCCCCCCAGAAGGUGAUCGAGGAGUUCUAUAACCAGACCUGGAUCCACCGCUACAGCGAGCCCAUCUUGCCCACCACUCUCACCACGCUCUGGUCCCUGUCUGUGGCCAUCUUCUCCGUGGGAGGGAUGAUCGGCUCCUUCUCUGUGGGACUCUUUGUUAACCGCUUUGGCCGGCGAAAUUCGAUGCUGAUGAUAAACCUGUUGGCCUUCCUGUCUGCGGUGCUUAUGGGCUUCUCAAAACUGGCCAAAUCCUUCGAGAUGCUGAUCCUGGGUCGUUUCAUCAUUGGGGUGUAUUGUGGCCUGACCACAGGCUUUGUGCCCAUGUAUGUGGGGGAGGUGUCACCCACGGCCCUCCGAGGGGCCCUGGGUACCCUUCACCAGCUGGGCAUCGUCGUUGGCAUCCUCAUCGCCCAGGUGUUUGGCCUGGACUCCAUCCUGGGCAACGGGGAGCUGUGGCCACUGCUGCUGAGCAUCAUCUUUGUCCCAGCCCUGAUGCAAUGCAUUCUGCUGCCCUUUUGCCCUGAGAGUCCCCGCUUCCUGCUCAUCAACCGCAAUGAGGAGAACCGGGCCAAGAGUGUGCUGAAGAAGCUGCGAGGGACUGCGGACGUGACGCAUGACCUGCAGGAGAUGAAGGAAGAGAGCCGUCAGAUGAUGAGAGAGAAAAAAGUUACCAUCCUGGAGCUGUUCCGUUCAUCCGCCUACCGCCAACCACUCCUCAUUGCUGUGGUGUUGCAGCUGUCCCAGCAGCUGUCGGGCAUCAAUGCUGUCUUCUAUUAUUCCACCAGCAUCUUUGAGAAGGCAGGCGUGCAGCAGCCUGUAUAUGCCACCAUCGGCUCCGGCAUUGUCAACACAGCCUUCACCGUGGUCUCGCUGUUUGUGGUGGAGCGAGCUGGCCGGCGGACCCUCCACCUCAUCGGCCUGGCUGGCAUGGCAGGCUGUGCUGUACUCAUGACCAUCGCAUUGGCACUGCUGGAACAGCUGCCCUGGAUGUCCUAUCUGAGCAUCGUGGCCAUCUUUGGCUUUGUGGCCUUCUUUGAAGUGGGCCCUGGCCCCAUACCAUGGUUCAUUGUGGCUGAACUCUUCAGCCAGGGCCCUCGCCCAGCUGCUAUUGCUGUUGCUGGCUUCUCCAACUGGACCUCAAAUUUCAUUGUGGGCAUGUGCUUCCAGUAUGUGGAGCAACUGUGUGGCCCCUACGUCUUCAUUAUCUUCACGGUGCUCCUGGUCCUAUUCUUCAUCUUCACCUACUUCAAAGUUCCGGAGACUAAAGGCCGGACCUUCGAUGAGAUUGCUUCUGGAUUCCGGCAGGGGGGAGCCGGUCAAAGUGACAAGACACCUGAGGAGUUGUUCCACCCCUUGGGGGCUGAUUCCCAAGUGUGAGGUGCUCUGUACCACCAGGCCAGCCUGCUUCCAGUAGCCUCCAGGAUUCUUUGGUGUACAGGCAGCUGGACCAGACUUCCGAGCUGACAGAUGUCAGCGGAGCCGGGCCUGGGGCUCCUUUACUUCAGCCAAUAAUGAUACCCAGAAGAAUAUUCAGGACUUUCAUGGCUCUAGGAUUUUAACAAAAGCAAGACUGUUGCUCAGUCUAUUCACUUAAAGCAACAGGUUUUAUAAUUUUUUUUUUUAUUACUGAUUUUAUUAUUUUUUUAUCAGCCAGUCUCUUGUACCCUGAAUGACUUCACACCUGAAUGACUAGGCUUCACCCUGAAUGACUUCACACCUGAGGGUGAGGACCAAGCCUUUCUCCUACACUUUGCCUUCUUCACCAAGCUAAUAUGCAGGGCUGGAUCUGUUUCCAAGGACACACUAAUAAGAACUAUGAACUUCAAGGGAGGUGGCUCCCUCUGUAGGCUUGGAUCUCUCUGUCCUAGGGAUCAGGCUCCAUUAGGAUUCACCCAUCCCCAUCUCUUCCUACCCAGCCACUCAAAUUAAUCUUUCCUUGCUUGCCACCAGUUGGGAGCACUGGAGUGCGGAGAGGAGAGAAGGGAGGGGCCAGGCUGGGCUUCCAGGUUCUAAUCUCCUUUGCACUGAGGCCAGACGAUCACUAUGAGAGGAGGAUCCUGGGAGGCUGAGAAUUCACUGCUCAAGAAGACAUGGAUACUCCUGCCCUGCUGUAUAGAUGGAAGAUAUUUAUAUAUAUAUAUAUAUUUUUGGUUGUCAAUAUUAAAUACAGACACUAAGUUAUAG